CUCCCCUUGGGCCGCUGGGGAUGGCGUCCGAGCGACCGGAGGCCCCCGCCAUGGAGGAAGGCGGGUCCCGCAUCCGCCGGCGGGUGUCUGUGCGCAAGAGGAGCCGGCCGAGCCUGGGAUGCGCUUGUGUCGCGCCCCCCGCGGCCGAGCCGGGCGAAGAGGAGGAGAAGGACGUGGUGGCCGAGAGCCGUCGGCGGAAGACCGCAGGCGUGCAGCCGGCCGAGGUAACGCCCGGGGACGCGUCCCCGCGGGAGGCUUGCCCCCUGAACCUCCCGGGGUGGUGGUGCACACCCAGACCUCCUGCGCAACCCGCGGACAGGGGGAGACCAGACCACCCCAAUGACAGUGAAGAUAUGUUUGGUGACUAUGAUAGCUUUACUGAAAACUCCUUUUUAGCUCAAAUUGACGACCUGGAACAAAAAUGUAUGCAACUUCCUGAACAUGGGAAACACGCUACUGAAAUUGCCAAUGAAGAUAUUAAUUCAGAAAGCAUCAAAAACAAGCUCAGCAUUACUACUGUAGGCAACUUCACUGAGUUACAAACUGAUAAGCAUGCAAAAAACCAGAGUGCACAGGAAGAUGUUGCCAUUGAACCUGAAGCUGAUGUUUUGUAUGAUGUACCUUCUUCCCAGGUUUUAUAUUUUGAAAAUUUGCAGAACUCUUCAAAUGAUGUGGGUGAUAAAUGUGCUAAAGGAAAAGACCAAAAGUCAUUGUCACACAACGUUGUGAAUGAGGAAGUAUCCCAUAAUUGCAUAGAACAACCCCAGCAAAAUGAUGAACCCUCUUCUAAAAUCAGAACUAGUUCAGAUGUGAAUAGGAGAAAAAGUGUUAAAGAUUAUCUGAAAAGUGCAAUGACUGGAAAUGCCAAGGCCCAAACACCAGUAAUUUCUAGAAGUAAACAGCUCAAAGAGACUCUCCUAUCUGAAGAAAUUAAUGUUGCUAAGAAAACAAUUGAGUCAUCAUCAGAUGACAUUGGUCCUUUUUAUUCAUUACCCAGCAGAGUGAGAGACCUUUAUGCUCAGUUCAAAGGAAUUGAAAAAUUAUAUGAAUGGCAACAUGCUUGUUUAACAUUGAGUUCUGUGCAAGAAAGAAAAAAUUUAAUAUAUUCCUUGCCAACAAGUGGUGGGAAAACCCUUGUGGCUGAAAUUUUAAUGCUGCAAGAACUACUUUGCCGACAGAAAGAUGUCUUAAUGAUCCUUCCAUAUGUGGCAAUUGUCCAAGAAAAGAUUUCAGGUUUGUCAAGUUUUGGUAUAGAACUUGGUUUCUUCGUUGAAGAAUAUGCUGGGAGCAAAGGAAGAUUUCCUCCAACUAAACGAAGGGAAAAGAAAUCGUUAUAUAUCGCCACUAUUGAGAAAGGACACAGCUUGGUAAACUCCUUGAUUGAAACGGGAAGAAUUGGCAGUCUGGGCCUGGUUGUUAUAGAUGAGUUGCACAUGAUUGGUGAAGGAAGCCGUGGGGCUACCCUGGAAAUGACCCUAGCAAAAAUUCUCUAUACCAGCAAAACAACUCAGGUUAUUGGUAUGAGUGCAACAUUGAACAAUGUUGAAGACCUGAAAGAGUUCCUUCAAGCAGAAUAUUACACCAAUCCAUUUAGACCAGUUGAAUUAAAAGAAUAUCUGAAAAUAAAUGACUCGAUAUAUGAGGUUGACAGCAAAGCUGAGAGUGGCAUGACUUUUUCACGUCUCCUUAAUUAUAAGUAUUCUGAUGCCCUGAAGAAGAUGGAUCCUGAUCACUUGGUAGCACUGGUGACAGAAGUUAUUCCAAAUUAUUCCUGCUUAAUUUUUUGUCCCACUAAGAAGAACUGUGAAAAUGUAGCACAAAUGAUAUGCAAAUUUUUAAGCAAGGAAUAUCUGAAACACAAGGAGAAAGAAAAACACGAGUUGAUUAAGAACUUGAAGAACACAGGCGGUGGCAGCCUGUGCCCUGUCCUGCAGCACACUAUCCCGUUCGGGGUGGCCUACCACCACAGUGGCCUAACAGGUGAUGAGAGGAAACUGCUGGAGGAGGCAUACACCGCCGGUGUGCUCUGCCUGUUCACCUGCACAUCCACACUGGCAGCCGGCGUUAACCUGCCAGCCCGCAGGGUUAUCUUAAGGUCUCCCUAUGUUGCUACAGAAUUCCUAAAGAGACACCAAUAUAAACAGAUGGUUGGCCGAGCUGGUCGUGCUGGAAUAGACACUGCUGGGGAGAGUGUCCUUAUAUUGCAAGAGAAGGACAAACAGCAGGUAUUGGAGCUAAUAACCAGACCACUGGAAAACUGUUACAGUCAACUUGUUCAGGAAUUCACCAAGGGAAUCCAAGCUCUGUUUCUCUCUUUGGUUGGUUUGAAGAUUGCAACAAGCCUUGGUGACAUCUAUCACUUUAUGAAUGAUACACUUUUUGGUGUUCAGCAAAAGAAUUUAUUGAAAGAAAAAAGUCUUUGGGAGGUGACUGUUGAAUCGUUGAGCUACUUGACUGAGAAAGGGCUCCUACAGAAAGAUGCUGUUUGUAAGUCUGAAGAGGAGGUCCAGUAUAACUUUCACAUUACAAAGUUGGGACGAGCUUCUUUUAAGGGAACUAUAGAUUUAGCUUAUUGUGACAUCCUCUACAGAGACUUGAAGAAAGGCCUUGAAAGCCUCGUGCUGGAAAGCCUCUUUCACCUCGUCUACCUGACGACUCCCUACGAGCUGGCUUCACAGUGUAAGCCCGACUGGAUGAUAUACUUCAGGCAGCUUGGUCAGCUCAGUCCAGCAGAACAAAAUGUAGCUUCUCUUCUGGGAGUCUCUGAAAGCUUUAUUGGGAAGAAAGCAUCAGGUCAAGCCAUCAAAAAGAAAGUGGACAAGGACAUUGUAAGCAGAUUAUACCUGUCUUUUGUUCUGUAUACCUUGCUCAAAGAAACCAACAUUUGGAGUGUGUCUGAAAAAUUUAACAUGCCUCGAGGAUACAUACAAAAUCUUCUCACUGGAGCUGCCUCAUUCUCAUCUUGUGUGUUACAUUUCUGUGAGGAGCUCGAGGAGUUCUGGGUUUACAAAGCCCUUUUGGUAGAACUUACCAAGAAACUGACGUACUGUGUGAAGGCCGAGCUGAUUCCUCUCAUGGAGGUCACUGGAGUCUUGGAGGGCCGAGCAAAACAGUUACACAGUGCAGGUUACAAAAGCCUAACACACUUGGCCAAUGCAAACCCUGAAGUGCUCAUAAGGACAGUUGAUCAUCUGUCAAGACGUCAGGCCAAGCAAAUUGUUUCAUCGGCAAAGAUGCUGCUGCAGGAGAAGGCCGAGGCCCUGCAGGAGGAAGCGGAAGAGCUGCUGAGACCGCCAUCUGACCUCCCCGGGGCCGUGGCUCCCAACAGAAAGCUGUGACGGCAUCCCACGGGCAUUUUCAAAGAUUAAUUAUUAUUUUUAACUUUUUUUUUGGAGUCGGCUCACUUUGUCACCUGGGCUGGAAUGCAGUGGCACG